AUGGCAGAAGACCAGCUUUCCAAACGAGCCUCGGGAACUGAGGCAUUGGGCGAGUUACAAGAUGUUGAGAAGAGCCUCUCUGCAGAAGAGAGGGGCAGGAGGCUGGUCCAGGCGGCUGAGGUGGGGGCAGUGGGGGAGCUGAGGGCGCUGAUCGCCGUAGGGGCCGGCGUGGGGGAGAGGGGCGGGCUGCCGGGGUGGACCGCCCUGCACUGGGCAGCGUGCAGGGGAGACGUCGAGGCGGCGAGGCUGCUGGUGGGGGCGGGGGCCGCGGUCGACGCCAGGGAUGAUGAUGGGUGGACGCCGCUGCAUUACGCGGCACUCAAUGGCCACGCAGAAGUGGCGGCUGCGCUGCUCGACGCGGGGGCCGACAGGCGGGCCACAACUGAUGGUGGGCGGACAGCGCUGGACAUCGCCAGGCGGUGCAACGACAAGCGGAUGGUGGAGAUGCUGUCAAUAGGCAGCCCGUCCAGCAAACUCUGUGCAAAAAAACAGGAACUGUAA